UAAGCUGCAACCAUGCUGUCAGGAAUAAAAUAAAAAACGACUCCGCGCGCUUUGUAAGAAACAACUUUCCUGAAGUUUUGGGAGCGUUUGCAUGAAGCAGAGCGCUGAUCCGGGAGCUGUGAGGGUAAAGGGGUGGAAGCCGCCCGCCUGGCAUCUCAAGGACCAGCACCAUGGACAGCUCCGGGACGCUCCGCGGACUGCUGUUUGUCGGCCUGCUGUGCGUCAUGUGUCGCGGCCAGUCGUCCCAGGAAGUCUCCGCAGAGGACUUCGGACUGGACAAACCCGAGCCGGCCGCAGACAGAGACCUGAUGGAAGCGCUGGAGGCUCUGCUGGGCAGGAUGCGUAAUCGGAUUCCCUCCACGGAGAAAAGAGGAAGCAUCGCACUAUGUGGGAUGGGUGCCCGAUGCGCCAUGAAGUUCGGGCCUCGCAUCGGGAAGCUCUGUGACUGCGGCAGAGGAGCCAACUGUAACUCCUACCUGCUCAAGUGCAUCUGAAGCACUGAGGACUUUUUGAGGCAUUUUUUUUUCUUCUCACGAACUCAGCGUCUCCAAACAUCCUUCACAGCAUCGGCACUGACAACAAACCGUGACUCUCAUCCCGCUGUCAUGUCGUCAUUCAUACCCAUCAUGCAUUGUUGUUGUUUUGGCAGCUGUUGCCUGAGGAUGAGCAUGGAUUUGUAUUGGUGACUUCUUGUUUACUGUAAGCAUGUGAAGUAUUUCAUGUUCAAUAAACGCAUUUAUCAACAC